AUGGUUUACGUCGGUAUUCCGAAGAAUUACACCACCUCGCCGUCCUCGUUUGCCGGGACGCCUUCUCUGACCAUCAACUAUGAGGCCACUCAGGACCUAGACUCCACCAAUGCCUUCGAAGGUCCCGAAAAGCUUCUCGAGGUGUGGUUUGCGCCAUCGGCCUCUGAGCUCGGCCCUGCUGGUCCUGAGGGCCUAAAGAAGGUCCCCAGCGACAUCUGGAAGGACAUGCUCGACCUUGUCAACUGCCAAGUUCUCUCCAUUGUCUCCUCCGAGGACGCCGAUGCCUAUCUGCUGUCCGAGUCUAGCAUGUUUGUCUGGCCACACAAGCUGAUCCUGAAGACCUGCGGCACCACUACUCUGUUGUCUGGUCUCCCUCGCAUCUUGGAGAUCGCUGCUCUGUUCGCAGGCUUCCCGCGCGCCACGGCUCCCGCAUCUCGCGGAAUUACCAUCGCUGCGGCUCCCUACCGGGUCUUCUACAGCCGCAAGAACUUCCUGUUCCCUGACCGUCAGCGCGGCCCUCACCGCAGCUGGCGUGAUGAAGUUCGUACCAUGGACAAGUUGUUCCUUAAUGGCAGCGCCUACAUGAUCGGCAAGAUGAACGGCGAGCAUUGGUACCUCUACCUGACUGAGCCUCACACUCUGCUCACCCCACCGGCGAGCCCUCAAGAGGAGGUAGAAUUUGUUGAAACCGAGACCAAGGUCCUCGAAUUCCCCAAGAGCGCACCUGUCUCCGCCGACUGUGACGAGCAUGAUGAGACUUUGGAGGUUCUGAUGACUGAUUUGGACGAGGAGAAUGCGAAGCAGUUCUAUCUGGACAAUGCCACUGCUGUGGCCGAGAAGCGCUACCGCAACUUUGACAAGGAGGAAGGUGUUGAGCAUUUGGAUGUUUUCAGCAACUGCUCUGAUCCAGAUGACAUGGACAUGAAGGACAGCGGGAUCUUGCCGCCGGAACUUACCACGGAGGGUCAUGCUCUCGGUACUGUGGUCUCGGAAUCGUGCGGUCUCUCGGACGUGUACCCCAAGGCCAAGUUCCCCGAUGCGCGCAUCGAUGCGUACCUCUUCACGCCCUGUGGCUUCUCCGCCAACGGUGUUGUGCCUGCUCCGGAGAACAAGGGACCGACCCACUACUUCACCGUGCAUGUCACCCCCGAGCCGCACUGCUCAUACGCGUCCUUCGAGACCAAUGUGCCGCACUCUCAGAAUGGCCAGACCACGCACGACAUUAUCCAGCAGGUUGUCAACAUCUUCAAGCCUGGUCGUUUCAGCAUCACCUUGUUCGAGACCAAGCCCUCUGCUGAGGAGCUUGAUGCCGACGUGAACGGUUUCCACGAGGCCGCUCACUCGCAACGCCAGGCUUUGCGCCGCAGCCCCAAGAUGGAGCAUGUCGAAGGCUACCGCCGUGUCGACCGUAUUGUGCACGAUUUGAAUGGCUACGAUCUUGUGUUCCGCUACUAUGAGCGCAACGACUGGAAGGGGGGCACCCCGGAUCGGAGAGAAGUUCUAAAAGCUCUACCUCUCGUUGAGCUCUUCGGACUCCCGCCAGUUUUACUCUCCUCUGGCCGGCCUCUUCCAGUUAUUGUGCUAGCCCGUCGAUUAUACUCGACGUAUUUGCACAGCUUUUUAUCUUCUCAACUUUAA